CCAUAUUCUAUACCACACCGAACCGUCUUCGCAUCUCGAGCGCACAUAUUUUGAGCAUCACCGGGAAAAAGCAGGGAAAGAGCUUGCAUACGAAGCCGGUCGGGAGGUGCAACAAUAAUCAUCGGCUGAAGGAGAGGGCAACCAGCGGGCGGGACCAGGUUAUCGCUGCCAGCCUGCCACUGCAUCCAUGUUGCUGCCAUAGUUCUACGGCCACUACAACACGUGGGCAGCAACAGCAUACCAGGCUUCAGAGGGACACCUCAGCCCAAGGUAUAGACGAGAUAGAGUCGAUCCCUUGACCAAGGAACUCAGAUAGCAAGGAGACGGGAGAACAUGGAACGACGGUCCAUACACUCGUCGACCAACAGUCGGCGCACCAAUUCACAUGCCGCCACGAGAGAGACUCUGCGCCGCAACAUGAGCGGCAGCCAUGCCAAACGCGUCGCCCACGUCUCCGAACACGAUGUCUACCUCUACGCUCUGCGCGCCGCCUACCUGGCAUAUCUGUUGCAACCGCGACAGAAACGAGUGCAGCAUGUUGCCAAUACGUCCAAGCCCAUCCAGCGGAGCUCGACGUCAAUCAACGAUAUGGUCAAGGACUUUAGCCUGAUCCGGGACAGCAAGAGCACUAGGUUCCCGCACGGUUUCAUGACUGCCCUGGACAAACGCUUGACCGGUGUGUUGACGGGUACGGAGAGGAUGCCCGAGUUCAACAACAAUGAUAUCAAGCGGACAUUCGGCGUGUUUCUCAAUGAGUUCAAGAACCCUACGUUCCGAAAGAGCAUGGAGAAAGAUCGCAAGGUGGAAGACCUCUUGUUGAUCUUCUUCUCGAAGGCGACCGGGACAUUGCAGCUGGGGAAGGCGCCUGAUGACGAUGGAUGGAAGCUCAUGGUCGAUCGCCAUGUUGCGCUGUUUGUGAGGCUCAUCAGUAGCACACUAAACAACAACGAGUGGGCGAGAGACCGACCAGAAUUGACAAGUAGGCUGAAAUCGCUGGAAACAAAAUUGCUGCAGCAUGACCAGGACCUUGCAGACGAAAAGCAGAGGAAUGGUGGACAUGGAGGAUCGAGUGUCGAGGUGGAAGUGCCCCGAUCUUACGAAGUCAAGGAUAUGCCGCUGGUUAUCAGAGUGUGCAGGAUAUUCUCGAAGCCAACAGCGCAGGCGCAGAACGACAUCAACGCACACAAAGAACAAUGGACAGAGAAGGAAGCACUUCGAGACCUGAAGGAAUACCAGACACAUAUGAGUUUGAACACCAGAGCGACGCUCUCUAAGGACGACUUCGAUCUGGACGACGCGUACGAGGCAUGGCGAAAAGGCGAGUUUAGUGAUCUGAGUCAACUCAUGUUGGCUCUGCUGCAAUCGGAUCCCAAUCUAGCCAAAAGCUCGAGUGGCAGCCUAGCCCAAUAUAAGGCUCCCCCAAUGGCACAUGGCGAUAGCAUGUAUAGCGAGCUCGGCAAGUCACUCUCGAAACAGAGCGGCGAAUUUGACUCGGGUUACCCGCUGGAUCAGCCAGUGGACAUGAGCAGUCUCAAUUUGGGUGAUUCCUCACCCCACGACUCAGGUACUGGGUCAACGGACACAACUCAUGCCAGCUUCACGUUCAUCCCGCCCGAUACCAGGGCGUACUACAGACAAACCUUGAAGGUUGCGCUGACAGCCGAUCUCGAAGAUGAAGAUCUACAGACAAUGGGAGAAGGCACCAAGUUGCUCUCCCCACAGACCCAGGAUCUGCUCAAUGAAAUCGCACUACGAUGGCGAGUGCCGCCCUUCACAAGACUAGUCCUGUUUUUGGACGUGAUGAGAGAAAAGUACCAGAACCAAGAAAUAUCACUUGACACCUUAGACAUGGCAUUUCAGUUCGCCAAGGCACCACCUCCGGAAGUGAAAAAGGGCAAGGGACAUUCAGUUCAUGCAGACUUCCACGACCGAAGCCGGUGGACCAUUACCGACUUUGCCACGAUACAGACCGUUUUGAAUGGCCUGCAGGAUGCUCUGUUGCGAGAAUUUUAUGAAAUGUUCCAGCAUGCGUACGAAAACAAAUUGCCUCCGAUUGGGAGCAUUUUGCUCAUACUGGAUCAGCACAUCUGGUCCGACCCAUCCUUCCACCGAAAUGCAGAAGAUAUGGCGACAUUUGCUAGCAUGAUGUCGGAGCAAUUGCGUGCAAAAGCGCGGGAUCAAUACCACGAUCUCCUUGCAAAGAACGUACCGGACGACUCGGCAAACUGGGAAUUUUACAACGUGAUUCAACUUGGACAGUCGGUGACGGCCAUGUGCAACAAGAUCCAGAAGCGUUUUAGGAAGACGCCGGACGUCCUGGGAGUGAAGCCACUUGCUAUACUGGUCGAAGAAAUUCUGCCCUCAUUCUCGAGUGACGCCAAGGAACUUGUUGCUCGAAUCAUGGAAGUUACCAAGUCGAAGAAUGAAGAAGUGCCAGUGGAAGACGGCUUCGAGCUGUAUGGCGAAAUGGUUUCGAUUCGUGCUGUAUACUCGCAAGCUCUGCCUGGAAGGGAGUUUACAUUCGACAUUGAGCAUCACUUGCAAGAAUUCGUCUGGCGAUGGAUACAGUUGACUGACAGCAAGCUACAUGGUUGGGUCGAAAGCGCUGUCGAGCACGACGACUUCCAGAUACGACAGGAGCCUGCUGCGAAGGAGCGCGGAGAGCCGCCAACUGAUGACGAGCGGCAUUCGCAGAGCGUGGUCGAUAUUUAUCGUAUGUUCAACGAGAGUAUCGAACGGAUACUCAGGCUCAAUUGGGACAACGACUUGCAAUACGCGAAGUUUAUGACAGCCAUUAGUAAGUCCAUUGGCAAAGGUGUGGCACGGUACUGUGAAUUACUGGAGGCCAAGUUUGCCAAAGAAAUGGACAGACAGACGCCAGAGCAAGAAGCUCGUGCUCAACAGACUCAGCGAGAAAAGUGGAUGUCAGCUGCUCGUGACGCGUGGGUUACCGGCAGCCUGAGCCAGAAGAUUGAGCCUUUCAACUUUUGGCCCGAGAGUUUUGUCAAGAUCAACAACAUUGAAUUUGCAACACUUCAGCUUGAUAAGGUUGAGCAGGAGAUGAAUGUCGAUGCUUGUGUGCAAGCUAUACAGAAGCAUGAACCACCGCCGCCACCGCACGUGCGAAAGCGGGGCGAAAAUAAGUUCAUGUUCACAAUCAAGAUCAUUGAAGCGGAAGAUCUCAAGGCAGGAGACAUGAACGGGCUGAGCGAUCCCUAUGUGGUGCUCGGCGACGAGUAUCAGAAACGUCUGGCCAAGACAAGAACCGUCUACCAGUCGCUGAGCCCUCGUUGGGACGAGACGAUCGACAUCUUGACUACAGGCCCUCUGAAUGUCAUCGCGACAGUGUGGGACUGGGACGCACUUGGUGAUCACGAUUGCCUUGGUCGCACCAGUCUUAAGCUAGACCCCAAUCACUUUAACGACUAUCUUCCGCGCGAAUACUGGCUCGAUCUCGACACUCAAGGCCGUCUGCUGGUGCGCGUGACAAUGGAGGGCGAACGGGACGACAUUCAGUUCUACUUUGGCAAAGCUUUCCGCACUCUGAAGCGUACUGAGCGUGACAUGACACGCAAGAUUACCGACAAAUUAUUGGCAUAUAUUCAGCAAUGUCUGUCGCGCCGGACUCUACGUGGUCUGACCAACACCUCGACCUCCGCAGCUAUUGCCGGCGUAUCGAUGAAUACGAUGCGUGGCUACUUUGCCAAGGUGUCGAAUCAGGUCCAAGGCCGAUCUGCGCCUGUCGCCGGACUUUCAGCGCAAGCACCAACCGGUUCUGCACUUGUCGACCAAGCUAACAACGCACUCAAACCACUGCUGCAGUAUUUCGAUGAUAACUUUGCGAUUAUGAAGCAGACACUUACCGAAAGCUCGAUGACCAUGGUCAUGACGAGGCUGUGGAAGGAAGUUCUAGUCCAGAUUGAGGGACUGCUAGUGCCACCGCUCAGCGACAAGGUAUCGGUACAGAGACCACUCACCCAGACCGAAGUUGACGUGGUAUACAAAUGGCUUCAGACCCUCUUCGAAUUCUUCAAUGCCAUGGAUCCCGAGUCUGGCAUGGCAGAUGGCGUGCCUACGGACGUACUCAAAAGCCCAAAGUACCACGACCUUCAGAAUCUCAACUUCUUCUACUUCGAGUCGACAGACAACCUCAUCCGCACUUCCGAGGCCAUGGCGUCCGCCACUGCAGCACGUCAACAAGAACAAGCUAAUCGCCCCAACCGCAUGUCAGCGCCCGCCGGCUUCCUCUCCCCUGCAUUCGGUGGCACACGGCGCUCGAAGUCGAUAAUGCAGAGCAGGAACUUGGGUACGAUGCGCAAGGCGAAAGAAGAGAAGAGAAAAGAAGCACAAGCAGAUCCCAACGACGAUAUGAUUUUGAGGAUUCUGAGAAUGCGACCAGAAGCGGAGAAAUACCUGAAAGACCGAAGCAGGCAGAAAGAACGUCUCGCAGCAGCAGCGGCAGCAGCCGCCAUUGUCCGGCAGAGUCUGCAAUCCAGCAAAGCUGGACAUUCGUAUAGUCAGAGCCUAGGAGGGCCACAGAGAGGCGGCAUGCAGAGAGGCGGGCCGGCGAGGCAGUGGGGCACUAUUCGGGAAUGAUGAAAAUGGACUACAGCACUGAUAUGGACGUGAAGGAGUAAUCGGUUCGUGAGUUUUAUGGAAAGUAUGUGUUCUCUGCUGCAGGAUCACGGACAUCGACGGCACAGCUUGAGCAGAUAUCAGCGCGGCGUUUUCUGAGCGUGACUUGUUUGAAUAUACCCUUUGUAGCUAUGUAACGUAGCCAGACGGC